GUGGUUAAGCUGUUGCCACAGUUACCGGGUUUGGGAGCUCCUGCGGCCCGGAUGUAAUCAUCCUGGUUGGUGGAGCCUUUUGGCUGGUCACGGUUCUCAGUCCAAAAGGCCAAUGGCUAUUGAUAUUCAACCAGCAUGCCUUGGACUUUAUUGUGGGAAGACACUGAUAUUUAAAAAUGGUUCAACCGAGAUAUAUGGAGAAUGUGGGGUGUGCCCAAGAGGACAGAGAACGAAUACUCAGAAAUAUUGUCAGCCAUGUACAGAGUCCCCAGAACUUUAUGACUGGCUCUACCUUGGCUUUAUGGCCCUGCUUCCUCUUGUUCUCCAUUGGUUCUUCAUUGAGUGGUAUUCAGGCAAAAAGAGUUCCAGUGCAUUAUUUCAGCAUGUAACGGCCUUAUUUGAAUGCAGUGUGGCAGCUAUUGUUACAUUACUUGUGAGUGAUCCAGUUGGUGUUCUGCAGAUUCGUUCUUGUCGAGUAUUGAUGCUUUCUGACUGGUACACAAUGCUCUACAACCCAAGUCCUGAUUAUAUUACCACAAUACACUGUACUCAUGAAGCUGUCUACCCACUAUAUACCAUUGUAUUUAUCUAUUAUGCCUUUUGCUUGGUAUUAAUGAUGCUGCUCCGACCACUUCUGGUAAAGAAGAUUGCCUGUGGCUUAGGGAAGUCUGAUCGAUUUAAGAGUAUUUAUGCAGCACUUUACUUCUUCCCAAUUUUGACUGUCAUUCAGGCAGUUGGAGGAGGCCUUCUAUAUUAUGCCUUUCCAUAUAUUGUAUUAGUCUUAUCAUUGGUUACCCUGGCUGUAUACAUGUCUGCUUCAGAAAUAGAGUCCUUCAAAGAUCUUUUUCUCAGAAAGAAAAGGCUAAUCAUUCUCUUGAGCCACUGGUUACUCCAUGCCUAUGGGAUCAUCUCCAUCUCCAGAGUAGAUAAACUAGAGCAAGACUUGCCACUCUUGGCUUUGGUGCCAGCCCCUGCGCUGUUUUACAUACUUACGGCAAGGUAUACCGAACCUUCACGGAUCCUUUCGGAAGGAGCCAAUGGACAUUAAGUGAAAUGGAACGUAUGCCAACAAACCCAAGAAGCAUUCUUGAUAAAAAACAAGCUGGGGAAUCAAAUGUAAACGUGUGAACAUGCUGCUUUGUCAUGCUGUGGUGCACCCUCUGCAGAGCUGAUACCACCUGAUUGCCAGCUAACCUUGUGGACUAGACUUAAAAAUGCCAAGCAAGCAUCCAACUGAUACUUGGAAGAAUUACAUGAAAGUCCCAUGAUGAAGCACUGUGUUGUACUACUGCUUUGGUUAUAUUGCAAAAGGCAAACAAUAGCCCUUUGUUUAUUUCUAGCUUAUUUUUUUGCUGUAAUACAGAAUGGUAUUCUACUCUUAGAAUUGUCUGUUUCCUAAAAAUGAAUGUGUAAAUAAAUGUAAGUUGAUGGUGGUGUUAUAUAAAACAUAAAAACAAAUUUUUUUUUAGUUAUUUAUUUUCACCUGUACAAUAUUUUGACAUAAUACAAAGAAUAAAAUAGUAAUAUGCAA